AUGCCUUCAACGUCGUCCACCUCAUCCCUGCCACCCAGCCGGCCAACAACACGAGGGUCUGAUGUACAAACAAGCUCCGCCACCUCUUCGCAGGCUCCACUGGCUCCAGGAUCCGCCUGGCUGUUUUCAACUGGACGAUCCUGGAUAUAUCCUGAUGGGGAUUUUCGGAAUAAUUCUGUUCCUGAGCUUCGAGAUCUCAAGAUGGAUAUCAUGUGCAACUGGCUUCACCAUCAACAAGUCGAGAAGAUGUGGUCAACAAAUGCAGAGGAAGAGGGUGUUAUGUUGAAGAGGGCAAAAGGCGACUAUACCUGUUGCCCUGAAGACCUGCGAUCAAAUACAGAGGGGUUCUUUGACGCUGUGCUUCAACUCAAUGUGAAAUGCGCAAUGACGGUAAAUACACGAAUCAUCCAACUUUUUCUCAAGGAUAAUAAUAUAUCUUUCGUGCCCCUGAAGUCCAGCCUCCGACUACAGGUUCUCCCUGAUAUCUCGCACCUACCAUAUUGUCAGAACCACCAGUUUGCCGCUUUCAUCCAGAACUCGGCAACUUUGGUCGUCUGGGACGAUGAUCCGAACCACAUUCUACAAAGAGUGCAGAACAUUGAAGAUCAACUCAUCCAGAUGAUAUGGAAGGAAUACCCUGAGGGAGAUGAGUCUUGCACGCCCACGAGUGCAACGCCUAGGCAGGUAGAUGUCAAUCUCCAAAACGGUGUCCAUCUCGAGGACGGAAAUGCUGUCCAGUCACCACGCAGGGUCGUUCUCAUUCAGGCAAUCCUUGCAGCUGUCACUCUCAUCCUCCUUGUCUCUGCCAUUGGUAGUGGUUGGCGUGAGAUCGUGAUCGAGAUCAAGGUUGACAAGUCAUGGCUGCGGUUGGCAUUUAUCGCAGUCGUGCCUUUGCAGUGUUGGUUAGCGUUGUUCUUCAUGCAAUCUAUUGCUGGUUGUAUUGCUCAAGUUGUCGGACCAAUCAGUCAGAUGAAUAAAAACACUCGAUUCUAUUCUGGCCAGCCACCUCGUCGUCUACCCACCACGGGCAUCCUGCCGCACGUUACCAUCCAGUGCCCAGUCUACAAAGAAGGACUCUGGGCCGUGAUUGAUCCGACUAUCAAAUCUAUCAAGGAUGCAAUCUCAACAUACGAAAUGCAAGGCGGUUCAGCCAACAUCUUUGUUAACGAUGAUGGCAUGCAGUUGAUAAGUGCUGAAGAGGCACUUGAAAGGCGUCAGUACUACGAUGAACAUAACAUUGGCUGGGUGGCGAGGCCGGGACAUCUUCAGCCUUGGCCGACAGACCCCAGUAAACGAUACGUUCGGACUGGGAAAUUCAAAAAGGCAUCUAACAUGAACUACGCGCUCUCCGUCAGCAAUCGCAUCGAAGACAUCAUGGCUGAGACCGACCGUUCCGAUGAUUGGGAUCGAGAGAAAGAACAAUAUAUCUACUGGAGAGCCCAGGGAAAUAUUAUUGACGUUGACAAGGGGCUCACAUGGGCAGGUGGGAAUGUCCGAGUUGGUGACUAUAUCUUACUUAUUGAUUCUGAUACCCGAGUUCCAGUAGAUUGCCUCUUGGACGCUGUGAGCGAGAUGGAAGCAUCACCUCAAGUUGCAAUCAUCCAGUUCCCCUCCGGAGUGAUGAAUGUUACCGACAGCUGGUUUGAGAAGGGUAUUACCUUCUUCACAAAUCUUGUCUACACUGCCAUCCAAUACGCGGUGUCGAACGGAGAUGUCGCACCCUUUGUCGGACAUAAUGCGUUCUUGCGCUGGAGUGCUGUACAAGAUGUCGCAUAUCUUGAAGUGGACGUCAAUGAUGGCAUUGUGAAAGAGAAGUAUUGGUCUGAAUCCACAGUAUCAGAAGACUUCGACAUGGCCCUUCGUCUACAAACUAGCGGGUAUACCCUUCGCCUUGCUGCGUAUGCAGGUCAAGGUUUCAAAGAAGGCGUAUCUUUGACUGUAUACGACGAACUUGCCCGGUGGGAAAAGUACGCUUACGGAUGUAGCGAACUAUUAUUCCACCCACUCGUCAAAUGGCCGACCAAAGGUCCAUUCACGCCUUUGUUUCGCAAGUUCAUCAUGAGCGGCAUGCCCCUGCCAUCGAAACUUACCAUUAUGGCCUAUAUCGGCACAUAUUACGCCAUUGGCUCAGCAUGGAUCCUGACACUGCUCAAUUACUGCAUCAUCGGCUGGUACAAUGGCUGGCUUGAUCAUUACUAUAUCGACAGUUUCAAAAUCUACUUUGCCAUUAUUCUGGUGUUUACCGCUUUGGGAAACUUCGCACUUGCCGUCCUGCGUUACCGCAUCGAGGAAUCAAAUUUGCUCUCGGCCAUGUGGGAAAAUUUCCGCUGGAUCCCACUGUUGACAGUAUUUCUAGGCGGCAUCAGUCUGCAUGUUUCUCAAGCAAUCCUUAGUCACCUUUUCAGCGUGGACAUGACGUGGGGCGCGACAAGCAAAGAGGCCACGGAUACAAGCUUCUUCAAAGAAAUACCUUUCAUCAUGAGGAAAUUUCGUGUGACCUUCCUCUUCUGUACGGUCAUAAGCUUGGGUAUGAUUGUGCUUGCCGGUGUCGGGCCCCUCGGUGACCUUGUACCUUAUGAUUUCCAGAUCAACUUCUUCACAGCCAUCUGGCCUUUGGCGACUGUUGUUGCCUCGCAUGCUCUGCUCCCUCUUGUGCUGAACCCAGGGUUGAUGCAGUUCACUUUCUAA